UAACAAGAAAAACGUUUGAUGUUUACAAAUCUCACGAAAAAUUUAAAUUUUCAAACUUCACUGCGUGUUUUAUGAUUUUUUCUGACUUCGAAUCGAAUAAUUUUGACUUGAACACACGAAUGUUGUACAAAUGAUGAUCAAUCAGUAAGAAACAUCAAAUUCAAACUUUUUAUCCACUCUUGCGUAACGUUUUACUUUGCAUCUUCGAAAUGGGAACCUUAAAUGCCAACGACGGACUAUCCGAUCCCAUUGAACUUCUGAGCGACGACGAUGAAGACGACGACGAUAUUGCAAUCAUCGAAGAUGACGAACCGGCAAAAAAACCCUCCAAACGAUCCAGAGUACUCACCGAAUGUCUCAAUGUGCAAUGUAAAUCAGGCCAUAAAUACAUCGAAGGCGUACCGGCUUUUGUUCUAGAAUUCUUCAAAGUUAAUAAUAAAAAUGGUCUCAAAGUAUGCGAAGAGUGUUUCGAUGAAGCUUGUUCGUAUUACGCGGAUCUUGAAGAGAGAUUAAUGAAGAAACAGUCGCUUUAUCAAGUCCCGUAUCAAAAAUAUUCCCGCGUGUUGAGUAUCGAUUCGGAUGAAGAGGAUUUAUCACCGGAAGAUGACGAACCUGUUCUCGAUGACGAAACUGUGAACAUGGUUGAAGAUCAGUUCGGUGAUAUUAUGGCCGAUGUUGUUACCAAAUGUAAUCUUGCUUUUCAAAUCAACGACGCUCACGACGAAUUAUCCAAUACUGCCAGUUUUAUUAAACAAUCAUCAUCCGAGCACGAUGUGAAGUUAGAAGAACUCCAAAAGGAAAUCGAUGAAAUUCGAUGCCUUAUUUAUGACAAUUUUAAACCACAAUUUAACGAACUUCCUGAAUUGAUAAUCAGAGACGAUGGCGAAGAAGAAGAUUUAUUACAGGAAGAAUUACCUCCUGUUCAAGAGAUAGUUGAAGUACCCUUUAGGCAAAUUCUUCCCAAAGAUAGUGACAGCCCUGGUAGAAAAUCUGUCGCACGAAAACAUACCACGGUUUCUAGUCCAUCGAGCCUUCAGAAAGAUAUCGCCCGGCUCGACUCUAAGGAUAGUCAAGAUGUAGUCGCAGUUUCCGAAGAGAUCAUGGAACCGCCACCUACUUUACCACCCGAUACCGAACGAAUUGUCAGACCAGCGUUGAAAACCGGUGAUAUAAUUUACGCGAUGAAACAUAACUACAAAUAUCCCUGGAAGAAAGGAGUCGUCGUGGAUAUUUUCACCGAAAAGGGUUAUAAAGAAUAUCAAUUAAAAAUAGACGUAACUAAUCCGAGGAAACCUAAUCCAUCGAUACUGCUUCAAGGAAAAUCUUUAGCUUACCCUUUCCCAGCUCCUUACCGAUUCGCAGUCGGUGCUCGAAUCAUAGCUGUUUUCACAGAUGACCGAAAUACCGACAAACAAACGUUAUUUUACUCCGGCAUCAUCGCCGAACCACCCAAAGUGAUGAAUAAAUUCAGAUAUUUGGUAUUUUUCGACGACGGUUGCACUCAAUACGUUCCACACGAGAAUAUUCGCGCUAUUUGCGAACCGUCUGCAAAAGCUUGGGACGAUGUGCCUGCCGAAGACAGAGGAUUUAUUCAAAACUACCUCUGUCAGUAUCCAGAAAGACCUAUGGUCAAGUUACAACCAGCAUAUGUAAUUAAGGUCGAAUUUCAAAGGAAAUGGUAUUCUGCUAGAGUUCUAGAAGUGGACGCUUCUCUGGUUAAAAUGCAGUUCAUGAACGAUACCCAUACAGAAUGGAUUUAUCGAGGGUCUACUCGAUUGGAACCAUUGUACAAAGAAAUCGAGGCGGCCAAGCGACGUAUGCAGACUGGAAAUCGAAUCCGUAGAAUAGGAAAGAAAACUCAGAAUUAUUGCCCCUACGUAGAGUACACGAGAGGUGCUGACAACGAAGAAAUAGAAGAACCAAUUAGAGCGGUAGCUAGGAAAAGCACGAGCGCUAAUAAAGAUCUCAAGAAAGUGGAAAAGCCUAAGAAAUGGAUUCCUGUACCGAUUCCUGGACACGUCGAGAAAAAAAAAGUAGAUUCGCGAAUCGAACCGAGGACAUUUAAACCACAUCAGUGCGGUCUAUCGUGCAUUGAUUGGACUAACUUCAGUCUAGACAAAAUCAAAGGUAUCGGACCUUUAGCGAUACCUUCACAAUUUGGGUUCAGAAGGUAUGUACUUACAAGUAGUGUCAAGUCCAAAAAAAGAAUGAAAAUGUUUUUCGGCGGCACCAAGAAAAAUAUAGUUUAUAGAGCACCUUGUGGAAGACAACUACGUAACAUGCAGGAAAUGCAUUUAUACUUGAGAAUAACCAAGUCUCAGAUGACGGUUGACUACUUCGAUUUCGAUUUCUGGGUCGACUGCCAAGCGGAAUUCGUUAUCACCAAAUGUUUGGUCGAUGUUCCGGAUAUAACGCAACGUAAAGAAAAGUGUCCGAUAUCGUGCGUUAAUUACAUCGAUAAUAAAUUACCCGAUUAUAUUACUUAUAUGACCGAACGUGAACCUAGGAGAAAUGUCGUUUUGAACUUGGAUCCUGAAUUCUUAUGCGGAUGUGAUUGUACAGACGAUUGUUUGGACAAGAAGAAAUGUUCUUGUUGGCAAUUGACUUACGAAGGCCAGAAAUUAAUACCUAAUAAUGUUAUGGACCCGAAUGUUGGAUACACGUAUCGUAGACUCGACGAAAGAGUCCUCACUGGAAUCUACGAAUGCAAUGAAAGAUGCAAGUGCUCGAAACGCAGCUGUCUGAAUAGAGUGGUACAGCAUCCUUUAUCUCAAAAAUUACAAUUGUAUAAGACCGAAGCCAAGGGAUGGGGUAUUAGAUGCCUUAAUGAUAUUCCUCGUGGAGCUUUCAUCUGUGUAUAUGCUGGUCAUUUAUUAACGGAGCAGGAAGCUAACGAAGAAGGAAAAACCUACGGAGAUGAGUAUCUCGCUGAGUUAGAUUACAUCGAAGUUAUCGAAAGAACUAAAGAAGGGUAUGAAAGCGAUGUGCCCGAAGAACUAUUGGAAGAAAGCGACGAAGAAUCUAAAGGGGAUUCGCAACCCUCGCAAACCAUGUCUAAGGCAAACGUAUACAAAUUCAAUUCGUCUGAUAGCUCAUCCUCCGAAGAUGUAAACUUCGAUCGGAGUACUUCUUCGGGAGAUAUAAGAUCGAGACUACGAGAACGAAAAAAACCUGCUGCCCCAGUUCCUGUACCAGAACCAAAGCCCAAAGAAUCUAAAAAGAAGGAAAACUUUUCUAUUCGAAAGUAUUGCGGCGAUAACGAAGACGAUGUGUUUAUAAUGGAUGCAAAAAGCAGCGGUAAUAUUGGACGUUAUUUAAACCAUUCUUGUAUGCCAAAUGCAUACGUGCAAAAUGUAUUCGUCGAUACUCACGAUCUGCGAUUCCCUUGGGUGGCAUUUUUCGCCUUAACACAUAUCAGAGCUGGUUCGGAAUUAACAUGGGAUUAUAAUUACGAUAUAGGCAGCGUAGAGGGUAAAGUGAAAUACUGUUAUUGCGGUACUCAACAUUGUCGAGGAAGACUGCUGUAAAAAUAUCUCGAUACUUUGUUUUAAAAAUUUAUUAAAUUAAACGUUUUCUACACAA